AAGGUUAUGAGCUCUGUUAGCCAUAAAACCAAGCACCUGUCAAGGAGAAAUUUGUACACAAACAGUAUCAUUCCAAUGAUAUUAUAAAUUCUUAGAUUGUAAGUAAUUGAUGGCAGCCAUUGAUAAAGUGAAAAUUAUUGUCGUUGGAGAUUCAGGUGUUGGAAAAUCAUCUCUAACCCAUUUAAUUUGUCAACAACAACCAAUUAGUAAUCCAUCGUGGACAAUUGGUUGCUCGGUAGAAGUGAAAUUACACGAAUAUAAGGAAGGUACGCCCAAUCAGCGAAGAUAUUUUAUUGAAUUAUGGGAUGUUGGAGGUAGUCAAAAUCAUAAAAAUACCAGAUCUGUAUUUUACAGUCCAACAAAUGGUAUUAUACUUGUACAUGAUUUAACAAAUAGAAAAUCACAACAAAAUUUACAGAAGUGGCUGGAAGAAAUUUUGAAUAAAGACAACAAUCAUUCAAAAUGUAAAUCAUUUGAUGAUUUUGAUCCAGAGAAAUUUGUAGGGUCAACGCAGAUUCCAAUGUUAGUAGUUGGUACAAAAUCAGAUUUAAUAGCUGAAGUAAGAUCGAGUAUUCAUAGGCGCUCUUCAACUAUUGCCGAAGAAUGUGGUGCCGACGAAAUCUUUUUGGACUGUCGGCAAACACGAUCGUUAGCCGCUGGUAGUAGUUCGUCUGUAAAAUUAAGUAGAUUUUUUGAUAAAGUAAUUGAAAGGCGAUAUUAUAUAGUCAAAGAAGGAGUUAAUUAUGACCAAAGAAGGAUUCCUAUUUACAGCUCACAGUAUAGUCCGAAACCUUAUCAUAAUGAUUAAUAAUAAUUUCUUUAAUUAAAUAAA